CUCUCUCUGAUAAGGCGGUUGGGCAGUGAGGGGGUUGAGCAAUCAGAGCAGGGCUUAAACCACCGGCCAGCACGGAGCUUCCUUCCUCAAAUGAAAAUCAACAAACAGUUGGAGGCUUUUAUAAAUGGGGACUAUGCUCCGUUCUCAGUCGUUGUAUCAGUCUCGGAGCGUCGAACAGUGAGCUUUGAACCCUCGUUAGUGUUGGUUUCCUAACGUCGACAUCAUGUGCGCCACAGCGCACUCUCUGCUGGUCUGCGCGCUUUUCCUGUGCGGGCUGGAGGAAGCGCUGCUGUCCCAGCGCGGACACUGCGCCGGCAAUCGGUGUUUCGUGCUCCUACGCGAGCCCGAGGACUUCGCCGGGGCGCAGAGGAGCUGCAGAGACUCGGGCGGACAGUUGCUCGCGAUCGACUCGGAGCAAGAAGCGGAGACGCUGGCGAACGCGCUGGGCGAGCGCAGCGGUGGAAGUUACUGGCUCGAGCUGCUCGGCAGCGGCGCCGCGGCGGAGGGAGCCGCGGCAGGUCUCCAAAACUGCUCCUCCGUCUGCGCGUCGGCGGGAGGGAGCCCCGCGGUGUCGUGGAAGCGGUGCCGCGACCGACUGGACGGGUUCCUGUGCCAGUACACGUUCAGCGAGCCCUGCGGUCUCCUGCAGGCAGGCGGGAGCGCGCAGGUGGUGAGGUACACCACGGCCAGGGGCUUCGAGGUCAACGAUUCGGAAACGUUCCCACCGGGAACCAUCGCAGCGGCGGGAGAGGUUGCCGGAGAAUAUCCGGACUCGAAACACGUGUGUUUCGAAGGGAAGUGGCUGCGGGCUCCCUGGCGAUGCGAGGUCCUGAUGGGCGGCUGCGAUCACGGCUGCAAUUCAACAACAACGACGACACACACCUGCACCUGUCCCGCGGGACAAACGCUCCAUCCCAACAGCUUCAGCUGCGCCAAAGGCCCGUGCGUCGACUGCGCCAAAGACCCGUGCGUCGACUGCGCCCAGGGGUGCCUUCCGGAGGGAGACUCCUACGCGUGCGUGUGCGCAUCCGGCUACAGGUUGGCGCGGGACGGGAGGAGCUGCGUGGACGUGGACGAGUGCGAGGAGGCGGACCGGUGCCCGGCCGAGGGCGAGGAGUGUCUGAACACCGAGGGGGGGUUCGAGUGCGGGUGCAGGGAAGGCUUCGACUUGGAGGACGGAGCGUGCAUGAACGUCUCGAUCUGUGAUGAGUGCGAGCACAUGUGUGAGAAUAGCGGCGGGGUUUUCGUGUGUGCGUGUCGAAAGGGCUCCAGGGUGUCGGCCAAGGACCCCACCAAGUGCGAGCAGCACUGCGCCGAGAGAGACUGUCUGGCCCGAUGCGACAACAGCGUGCAGGACAAGACCAUGCAGGAUUGCUACUGUCCCACUGGCUACAUCAAAGACGUGAGGAACAACACCGCCUUCUGCACCGACAUCGACGAGUGCGAGGACAAGGGGCUGUGCGACCACGAGUGCGAGGACUUGUUCGGCGGGUACCGGUGCUUGUGCAACGGGGGCUUCGAGCUGCACGGCGGCAAGUGUGUGCCUGUCCAAGGGCCGGAGGAGGAGGGUGGGUCAGGCUCUCCUCCUCCUCCUCCUCCUCCUCCUCACACCACGCCGGCCGAGGCUCACCCGGCCGCGGUGCCCUCUUACAUCAAGACCGGCAGCGUCCUGGGCAUCGCCGUGUUCAUGGCGCUGUGCGCGGUGCUGCUGUGCGUCGUGGUGCGGAACAUGACCAAACGCUGCAGCAGGUUCGAGCUCUCCUCCUUCAGGCGGCCGGACAUCGACGUCUUCUACCUGCAGCAGGUGACCACGGAGACCUACAAGAGGCUGUCCUUCGACAAACAGUUCAAAGGCGACCUGCAAAGACUGGGAAAUGGAGACGCGUGAAGGAAUUUGGCCUUAAUGCUUCCUGAAUGUGUGAUAUAGAUUUCUAUAUGGAAUUGGCUGUCUAUUAGCCUCGUGGUUAUCAUUUACAUGGAGCUGGGGGUUCACCAUUUUAAUUGCCCAAGAUGGGAAAAAAUGUUGGAUUCGUCCUUCCCAAAGCAGACGUAAGAAGUAAAAAAAAGGUACUAAAACGUUAGUAUAGUCAUUUUUCUUAAACUUAUAUUGUAGUUCCCUCAUGUGAAAAAUGUUAUAAAAAAACCCAACAUCAAUAUGUGCUUCAGAGCCGCCCUAAGCACCGCCACUCAUACUGUAAAUCGAACGCACCUUCUGUAAAUCGAACACACCGGUCAUCAAUUUAAUUUGUUAGCCGUGUUGCGUUACAUUAUACCGAUGUCCGCCUUCAUGCUUCUUUUAAGAUUUUUUGAAUCUUAAAAGUAGCCACAACUCACAAAAGUGGUCCAGUGUUCAAUUUGAACUUUCAAUAUUCCAAGUGACACAGCGCUGAGCGGAGUGUAGCUGUCGUCAUGUUUUCUCGGCCGACGGUUCGACGGCACACGUUAGCCGAAGACACCUCGACUGAACCCAGAGGCUUGUUUGAGGGCUGGCUAGCCGGUGAAUGUUUAUGGCAAAAUGUUGAAAAUUAGUCAUGCGUGUCCUUUUACUGUGACAUUGCCUUUAUCUUUGACUUUAUGAGCUACUGCCUUGUCCAUCAACUGUCUGACUGACUGUGGUUGUAUCGUGCCUAUAUGGUUACCGCAGGGCCACCAGGGGGCCAGGGGGGGCCCUAAGCAGCCGCUCGGUUCGCCUAUGCCUUGGACCGGCCCUGCACAUGUUUAGUCACUGUCAGAGGAGUGCGUGGCUUCUCUUUCAUUUCACCCAGUUUAAAGUGAACUAAACUGGAGACACACACUGCUGUUAAGUUCUUUAGCACAAAAUGUGCCUUUUUUCUUCUUUUUUUUGCUCGACAUAUUUAUUUCCCUCACAACAAUGUAAUAUUCCGCGUAAUAUUGCCCGUAAUGCUUCACUUAGAUGUUUAAAUGUUUUCACUUCUCUCCAGUCAAGAGCACACAGUGACAUUGGACCACCCACUAUUCGUUUUCGGGAGGCACGGGGCCAAUGUUUGCUUUUUGGUUCGUCCAGAUCGGGGACAGUGUCUUCUUUCAAAGAGCCAUCCGUCAUCAGGACAUUGAAACAAACUGCUGGGUUUCCUCAAACUCGUCAUAUCUGCUAUAGAGGAACAGCUCAAACAAAGCAGAUAAAAAGAAGAAAUGCAGAAAUCCCCCCCGAAUCUGCUUCAUCACAUUAUACUCUUGCUCAUAAUGCGAUGAGGUCACUUCAACAGUGAGAGCUGAACUGUCUGAGGGGGAUCGCGAGUAGCUGAGUUUGACUAUAUGCAUCAGUUAUUGUCACCCUCAUGGAUAAUGUGGCGGUGCCACAGGGGCUUACAUUGCUCCCACUGGACAUUACCAUGAGGUUAUUAAUGGGUUGUUUUUUUUUCAACUUUGCCGUGUAACAUGGCUGCUCCCUUGAAUGGGGGAAUGCUCGACAUGAAUGUAAACCAUGUGCUGCUAUAACGUCUAUACUUCUGUAACCGAGCCUGGUCUGAAAAAAACACGUGCACCUCCUUCUGAUACUCCAGGGUGUCUGUACUUGACAGGCUCAUUGCAAGCUUCUUUGUUUAUUGUCAUUUUCUUUUUCUUUUGGUUAAACAUGUCACUAUUGAAUGAUUCUGUAAAAUUCAAAAGAAUAAACACUGGAGCUUAAGCCUGUA